AUGUAUCAUCCUUCUCUAUAUCUCUACCUCGCUCUCCAGCGCAGAUCAAUCUGUUUAUCACGAUACGACACUGUGUUCGGGUUGCAUUACUCAGACUGUGUUGUCCCGGAAGGAGAGGCUUCCAAAUCCGAAGACUUGGCCUUGUGCGACCAGAGUGCGUCGCUGUGCGUCGUCGAAGCAAAUGUCUUCCUCAAGCCAUGCGCUGGUGAGUAUAUUCCCGGUAUAUUCGAUGGCCACCACAUCACAAAGGACAUGAACGAAACAGGAAGACGUUCAAACACAGUUAUAUAUUUUUAUACGCCAUCUGGUAUCAUAAGUCACUUUGCCGGAGUGGUUAACGGGAUCGCCUGCUACCUUCUCGUAGUCGAAAGCGGUUGGGCUUUGCCCGCCUCCUGGAGUCGUUCCACAACCACUCCGGCGAAGGAAACGGCCCGGCUGGCCCGGGUUCGACUUGUUCGACCACGGGAGUUUUCCACUGUGACGUCAUUCUGCUUCCUUUUCUUUUCUGCAUCUCCAUUCUGCCAUGUCGAAUCCUGCAAUCUUCAGGAUUGUCUGGGGAAGAACACGUAUCAUCCAGAGAAAUGCGAUAAAGUCCUCCGACAAUUGUAUGAAUGCUGCCAGGAGAUGUACAAGGCUCACCCCAGAUCAGAAUCGUCUGCCUGCCCUAUACCUAGUGUAGUCGACCGAUGGAUGAAAGACCAUUCGAAGUAG